GUAAACAUUCUUGUGAUUCUUACCUGAAGACUUCUUUUGAAGCAAUUGACCCAGAGAACUUCUGCGAGUCAUUACAAAUUCAGAAUUCGAUGCUGUCAUGCAUUGUUUAGACACCAUUAGUCAAAUUGCUAAGCCGAAAACAUCGUCAUCAGAUUCAUGCUUUCUAUCUUCGUUGGCUAAUGGAUUCCAUUUCAACAAAUAUCAGAUUUUAAAAAUCAGAAAAAAAAGCAAUGCCUUCUUGCCCUUUCCAACCAAAAGCAUGUUCUAAUUCUUGAUGGCUGAGGGCUAAUUUGGAAGUCCAUCUUUGCAAAGUUUUUUACCUUUGAAUGAGUUUAGCUCAAGCAGGAAGAAAAGAAGACAGACUUCAGCGAUGUCGUGUGAUUUGAAAACUAAUGCCAGUGAAAAACAAGGUUCACGUGAAUAUUGUUCAGAAACAUUUUCUGAUGCUUCACAAUUAAAGGUACAUAACUAUAGCCAUGACACAGAAAAAUUAUUUUCAUGCAAAAACUGUUCAAAGAAAUUUUCUAACCCUUCAAAUUUAAAAAUGCAUUCCUGUGAAAAAUACGAUUUGCGUGAAUGUUGUUCAGAAGCAAUUUCUGAUGCCUCCCAUUUAAAUGUAGAUGACAAUAGCCAUAACACUGAAACUUUAUUUUCGUGUGAAAACUGUUCAAAGACAUUUUCUCAAGCUUCAAGUUUAAGAAUGCAUUCCUGUGAAAAAUAUGAAUUACGUGAAUACUGUUUAGAAGCAUUUUCUGACGUUGCACAAAUAAAGGUAGAUGAUAGUAGCCAUGACACUGAAAAAUCAUUUUCGUGUGAAAAAUGUUCAAGGACAUUCUCUCAAGCUUCUAGUUUAGUAAUGCAUUCCUGUGAAAAUCACGAUUUACAUGAAUAUCGUUCCGAAGCAUUUUCUGAUGCAUUGCAAUUAAAUGUACGAAACAGUAGCCGUGACACUGGAAAAUCCCUUUCUUGUGGAUACUGUUCAAAAACCUUUUCUCGUGCUUCAGGUUUAAAAUCACAUACGAGAAUCCAUACCGAUGGAAAGCUUCAUUCAUGUGAAUAUUGCUUAAGGGCAUUUUCUCGAGCUACACAUCUUAAGAGGCACAUGAAAGUCCACACUGGCGAAAAACCAUACGCUUGCGAACGUUGUUCAAAAACGUUUUCUGAAGCCUCAGACAUGUUAAACCAUACGAGAAUACACACCGGGGAAAAGCCUUUUGCUUGCGAGUUUUGUCCAAAGACAUUCUCUCUGGUAAGAUACUUGAAGCAGCAUGUAAGGACCCACACUGGUACUCUACGUUUUUCGUGUGAAUAUUGCUCAAAGUCGUUUUCAAGAGAAUCCUCAAUAAAGAGGCAUAUAAUGAGAGCCCAUACGGGGGAGAAGCCACACGUCUGCGGACUCUGCCUGAAGGGAUUCUGUACAUUUUCGCAGCUGAAGAGACACUUGAGGAUGCAUACUGGCGAAAAACCGUAUACUUGCGAGUUCUGUUCGAAGGGAUUUUCUGAGUCUUCAAGCCUGACUGAACACGUGAGGACCCAUACUAACGAAAAGCCAUUUGUCUGCGAUCAUUGCUCACGGGCAUUUCAUCGUGCUGCGCAGUUGAAAAAACAUGUGAGGGUGCAUACGGGCGAAAAACCGUAUACAUGUGGUUGCUGUUCAAAAGCAUUUUCCGAACCUUCAGGCUUGAGAAAGCAUAUAAACAUUCACACUGGUGAAAAGACGUAUCCCUGUGAAAUCUGUGCAAAGACUUUCACUCGAGCUUCAUACUUAAAGAGACACAUGACGGUUCAUACUGGCGAAAAGUCCUAUGCGUGUGAAAGUUGUUCAAAGGCUUUUUCUCGAGCUAUUUUCUUAAGGAGACAUAUGAAGGUGCAUACCGGUGAAAAGCCCUAUGAGUGUGAACACUGUUCAAAGACUUUUUCUCAAUCAUCUCUCUUGAGGACGCACCUGAAGAUCCAUAAUGCAGGGUUGUAGUUUUGGUUGGACAAAACCGAUUUUGGCCAUGCCACUUUGAAAAACCGGUCAAAACCUGCAAAAAUGGAUUUAACCAAUAGAGCUAGCCGAAGCUAUUGUAUAAAAACACACUAUGUGUACACAUACAAUUUGUAAGCAUAAUGUCGCACAUUUUAAUGCACAAUUAAA